AUGGAUGCUAAAGAGAUAAAAUCAGCUGUUUCUAGUUUAGAGAAAUCUACAGAUGAUGCUACCAUUUUGAAACUUUUGAAUAUUUUAAAUGAUGGUGUAGAACCCACUGAAAAAUUAUUGAGAGAGACUAAGGUUGGGGUUGCCGUGAAUAAAUUUAGAGGUAACAGUAACUCUGAAGUCAGCUCGUUGGUUAAAAAAAUGAUUAGAAAUUGGAGAGAGGUUGUUCAGAAUGAAAAGACUAAAAAGAAGACCGGUUCAGCGACACCAGAUAAGGACUCCAAACCAACAACAAACACAACAAAGCAAAAUUCUACCGAAAGCAAAUUUCAUAGUGGACCAAGAAACCCAAAAACCGACGGAGUAAAUACAACGCUUUAUGAUAAUUCUACGAGAAAUGCCUCUGUAAGUGCGUUAUAUACUGCUUUGGCUAUUGAACGUAAUGACUCAGGUGAACAUAUAUUAGCAGUUGCCCGUGAUAUUGAAAACGAAGUUUUCAAGGCUGAAUACCUGUCUGUUAAUGAUAAUUAUAGAAAUAAAUUAAGAACUUUUACAAUGAACCUUAGAAAUAAGAAAAACCCAGAUUUAAGAGACCGUUUAUUAACUAAUAAAAUUAAGCCAUCAAAUUUUAUUAAAAUGACACCAAAUGAAAUGGCACCUGAAUCAUUAAAGAAAGAGAUUGAAAAGUUACAUAAACAAAACCUUUUCGAUGCCCAAGGUGCAACUGAAAAGAGGGCGGUCACUGAUAGAUUUACUUGUGGUAAAUGUAAACACAAAAAGGUCAGUUAUUAUCAAAUGCAAACCAGAUCUGCGGAUGAACCUUUAACUACCUUUUGUACUUGUGAGAAUUGUGGUAACAGAUGGAAGUUUUCAUGA